AUGGUGGCAACACUGGCAAUAGCACAAAACCAACCCAUAUAUAGGCUUAGCGCCCGUGCCCUGCAAAUGGCUCGCUCUCCCGAUGGCAGGUUGCAGCAAUUCCCUGAAGCUGCCUGUCAGUCCCGCAGCCAGCACCGCCGCAGCGCUCAUGGGCGGUGCCGGCCUUACGGGUCAGAAGCCCGCUUUCAUCAGGCAUUCAAAGUCUUCGUCUUCAACGUCGCUAGCGUCUGACGGUGAAGGUGACGGGGAGGAAACGUUUCCCAUGAUGGCGGCGCCCAAGGUCGCGCCUGCGCUGCUGCCAAGGCCGGGGAGACCCCGGCCAGAGGAGCUGCGACGGCGUUGUUGAAGUUGGGGGGUUUGCAGAAGCCAGGAGGGACGGCGGAGGGACGAUGUACCAAAGGCUUCUUCGGGGAUGGUGUCUCGAGUUAUCGACCUAAGACACACAGAGCACAUGUUUCACAUAUUUGCUUGAAUCCUUAUAGUAUAGCCCAAAAUCCGAGUUAGUAUUAAUAUCUAAGCUGCAAUGAGAAUCAGGUAACUGGUAAAUCGCUCACAUUUAUGAUCUUGGCUCGAUAAAGUAGGUUGACUAUACACGCAACGCUUUCAUCAGCUAAUAAAAAAGGUUAGCUACGAUCAUGUCCCAUACAAUUAGUUCAUAGAAGAGUUUUAACUGCCCGAACGACAAUAAGGUCUAUCUGACAACGUUGCUAUUUCCGCUUGCCAAAAGCCAGCUCCGG